AAAAAUAUUGGGGGAGUGUUUGUGGGAUUGGCCCUGCAAUGAAAGCGGUCACUACCGGGAUCAGUGGCAAGAAGGAUGAGUUCUUUUCAACCUUGCAGCACUACUGGCUUGGCUUGCGACUACUGUGGCUAGAUGUUAGGAUUUCGUCCAGAUUGACGCUGAAGCUAGCCAAUGGGAAAAAACUCUCAAGAAGAGAGAGGGGCCAGCUGACCCGCACAACUGCAGACAUAUUCAGGCUGGUCCCCUUUUCAGUUUUUGUCAUAGUUCCGUUCAUGGAAUUCUUGUUGCCUGUGUUUCUAAGGCUGUUCCCAAACAUGCUACCAUCCACAUUCAAGGACAAGUUGAAAGAGCAGGAAGCACUAAAAAGGAAACUCAAAGCAAGGAUGGAAUAUGCCAAGUUUCUACAGGACACUGUUAAAGAAAUGGCAAGAGAAGUGAAGUAUACACGUAGUGGGAAGAUCAAGCAGAGGGCCGAGGAUAUUGAUCAAUUUAUUAAGAAAGUGAGGACUGGUGCAUAUGUUGAUAAGGGUGAAAUCUUGGGUCUUGCAAAGUUAUUCAGUGAUGAACUGACCUUGGAGAAUAUGAGCAGGCCAAGUUUACUAAAUAUGUGCAAGUAUAUGGGGAUCCAGCCAUACGGAACAAACAGUUAUUUGCGCUUUAUGCUCAGAAGAAAACUGAAAUGUAUAAAAGAUGACGAUAUGUUGAUACAGAGAGAAGGUGUAGCCUCUCUCUCUGAACAUGAACUCCGUCAGGCCUGCAGGGAGCGAGGUCACCUUGGAUUGUUUCCUGUAGAGGAGAUGCGGGAAGAGCUGCAAGAUUGGUUGGACCUGUCUCUCUAUUGUGAAGUGCCUUCUUCUCUCCUCAUACUGUCUAGAGCCUUCACACUUUCUGGCAAGAUGAAACCUGAUGAUGUUGCAGCUACACUAUCGUCCCUUCCUGACAACAUAGUGAGUAAUGUGUGUAUUAGCCUGCCAUCCGAAGAUGCUCUUACGGCUAGGAAGAAGAAGUUGGAGUUCUUGAAAAUGCAAGAUGAACUUAUCAAGGAAGAAGAAAAUGAGCAAGAGGGUAUGGUGAGGUUGGAAGACAAGAACGGGGCGUCCGAUAAACUCAGAGUGAAGGAAGCCAGCGAUCUAGCAAGAAAAAGAAUGUUUGAUAAACAGGAAGAGCUUUGCAAAAUUAGCCAGGCACUAGCUCUUUUGUCUUCUGCAUCGUCAAUUAGCAGGGAACGUCAAGAAUUCCUAAGUCUUGUGAGCAAAGAGAUAGAACUGUACAACUCAUUGCGCGAAGAUUCUACAGCAGAGAAUGCUAGUGAGGCAUAUGUAGCCGCGAAGGGGAGUAAAUCCUCUGGAAGCUCAGUAUCCUCAGCACUGAUGAAAAAGAUAAAUGCCAUGCUCAAAGAACUCACAAAGGAAAUCGAUGAUGUUGACAUGGCCAUCGGUGAUGGCUGGCAGCUCCUAGACAGGGACCAAGACGGUAAAGUCACAUCGGAGGAGGUGGCAGCUGCAGCCACGUACCUGAAGCACAACUUGGACAACACAGGCAUAGAAGAACUCAUCGGGAGCCUCUCCAAAGAUAAAGAUGGGAAGAUCCUUGUUGAAGACAUUGUCAGGCUUGGCACACAAGCUGAGGAGGCAGAAUUUGACGACGAAUGAUUGGAG